AUUAUUUGUUUGCAGGUUUCCAGAGGCUGAUAAGAUCAAAGAUUCAGUUAGACAAAGGGACAGAGACGACGUGGACGCAGGGAGAAAUGUUACCCUCAUCUCAGAUGCCAUGGGAAAGUAUUUCGGAGACAAUUCCUCAAGGAUACUCACCUAUAAGUUGGUGGAACCUGUUCUUUAGUGUGGUGAGAUACUUUUCCUUAAAGUUACUUGAAGUUGCUGUCUGGAGAUUAUUAUUUUUCCUAAAGUUAUGAUGCUUAUAUUUUUCUUUAAAGUUAACAACUCUCUUACUCUUCACCCCUAAAGCUUAGAAGAAUCGGACCUACCAAAGACAUUCAGAAUCAGAUAUAUGAUAUGGCAGAGGAAUUUGCAGUAAAAGGUAAGUGCCACAUUAGCACUUAUUUUAAAGCAUCCGACACUUUAUUUUGGUAGCAUAUAUAAGUUCAAGAUAGUAAAAUUAUUUCUCAGCAUUCGUAGACAAUACUAAGUUGCACGAUUCAUACAAGCAAAGGAAAUGACCAAGUUGGACUUUUUAGGUGGCUCUUAUGUCUAUGGCUCUGAAAAGACAUGUGAUUUAGCAGGAAUAGAGGAUGUGUACUUAGGUUACAAUUCUGAAGUGGCCAUAAUUUUUUUUCAAAGAUGAAGCAAGCAAUUCAAUUGAUAAUUCUUGAGGAACUCCGUAUCACUUACUGAAUUUAGACGAUCUAGGAAUUUUUAUCUUGAGAACAACAUACUCACUGAGCUGAUUUAACAAUUAUCCACUGAGUUAAUUAGUUACUAUUCCUGUCUAUCUCAAAAGAGAUUUUCCCUCCAAGUUUCUUUCCGCUUUCAGUUAGAGUUUUCAUUGCUACAGAGCCUUACUGAACUGAAUACUCGAGUAUUGCCACAGCGCUUCAGCUCCAUGGAAAGAAUUUGGAAACAUGUUAUGCGUAGUUGUGAAGCACAAAAAUCCUUUUGGUGCGGCCUACCGGGUUUCUGUAAAAGUUGACAUGUUAUCGUCUUUAGUGUUAUUGUAGCCUUCAUUGUCGUGGUCGAUGACGUAAAUUAUAGCGGUGAUGUUCCGUAGUGUAUUCAGUUCAAUUGUUUAGUGAAAUUGUGGUUGCUCCAGAAUAUACUGCUAAAAUCGUGGUUAUUCACUUUCCCUUUGAUUUUGUUAGAAUUUUCUUUUCUUGGAUUUCAAUGGAAUUUUGUAUCUGAAAAUAGAGUAAAACAAAUACAAGCCUUUGGCUUAAUAUUUUGAAGGAAUUCAUCUGUAAAUAAAAUACUAGAGC